GCUAUACUUAGAAUCAAUCACAAGCAGUAGGCUGUGACUUUACUCUGUAAUUUGAAUUCAUAAUAAAAUUUGCGUUUGGAAGUGUACGACGUGUUAUUGAAUCAGUGUCUCGAUUAUCAUCAGAAUCGGUAAUUAUUCCAAUCACGAAUCUUCCCAAUAAUCUGGAUCUGGAUUAUCACAUCUGGCGACGAGUAAGUGAAACGUUCCCACACACCGUAAAGGUAAGAAAAAAUGCUUAAAUUUGAAGCGAAAGAAUUCAAUUUAAUUUUCCACGUGUUAGCACUUCGAAAGGCGAGAGCACGUGGAAACAGGCAAAAGCCGCUGCGUUGUGCAGAAACAGAUUAUUUCCGCUGCCGUAGAGCAGGGACAGGCACCGAGCCGCUUCGAGAAACCUAGGCGUGAAGCCGCUGCGUAAGGGCAGGAAUAGGCGUGCAGCCGCUGCUAGGAAGCAGAAACACUUCCGUUGCGCAAGGCAAGGACAGGCGAGAAGCCGCUACGCAGAGUAGAAAUAGGCUCGAGCCGGAGAAAAAGCGUCACAAGCAACAUCGAAAAGCUCGAGUUUCACCGCCUACCGUGAUGGAAAACUGGAACAUCAGUCCAUUCAAAUUCCAACACCUUCCAGAUACGCAAGUCCGUAAGGAAUGGUUGCGUUGGAAAAGGAAUUUUGAAGUGAUUGUGGCGGCCAGUGAAGAGAAAAACGCUACCAAGUUAAAAAACAUAUUGUUAGCCAAGGGUGGAUUGGAGCUGCAGGAUUUGUUUUACUCGAUCGAUGGGGCGGACGUUGGAGAGGAUGCCGAAAUUGACCCGUUUAAAACGGCGAUUGGCAAGCUGGACGAACAUUUUUCACCGAAGCAGCAUGAUUCGUAUGAACGGAACGAAUUUUGCAAAAUGGUACCGGCAACAACGUCUGAUGGAACCCGUGAACCAUUGACCAAAUUUUUGAUGCGAUGCAACGAACAAGCGAAGAAAUGCGAUUUCGGUAAGACUGAAGCGGAAAGUCGGGAUUUGCGUGUCAUCGACAAAAUCAUUUACCAUGCGCCGCCGGAGUUGAGAGAAAAAUUGCUUCACGAAGAAACUCUCACACUGUCGCAAGUAUCCAGAAUUGUGAAUUCGUUCGAAUCAAUUAAGCAGCAGGUUCAUGCAAUUGCCGGAAACGAUAAUGGUGAAACAUCGGUACGGGUACCUCCGCGUUCAGAUCAGGACGUUUUUCGUGUAUCAGGAAAUGGCAAAUCAACAAGUGGUUCUUGUUAUCGAUGUGGACAGAAGAAUCAUUACGGAAAUGACCAACAGUGCCCCGCUCGGAACAAACAGUGCGAGAAAUGUCGAAAGUUUGGUCAUUUCGCUCGUGUUUGCCGUUCGAUGACGAAACGCAAGUGUAGUGUAGUGAGUAUCAUAGUAGUUAGGAUGGUAAAUUAUUAA